AUGAAUCAGACAUUGCUAGAGAGAGCUCGUUGCAUGCUCUCUAACGCUGGAUUGAGUAGACGUUUUUGGACUGAGGUUGUUACUACAACAUGUUAUUUGAUCAACCACGGGCCUCACAUAGGUAUUGAUUGCAAUACACCUUAUGAGGUAUGGUCUCGAAAGCCUGCUGAUUACUCUAAUCUAAAAGUUUUUGGUUGUCCUACUUAUUAUCAUGUUAGUAAGGGUAAGCUAGAACUGAGAGAAAAGAAGAGAGUAUUUGUAGGCUAUGGUGAUGGGGUGAAAGGGAGUGUGACCUUUGAUGAGGAUUCUAUGCUUAACCCAUCUGUGAAGUCUUCUGUUGCAGUUGAAAAUAACAGUGCCCAAAAUCAGGUAGAGCUUGAAGUGUCACAGAAUAUAGAUGAGCUAAGGCAGAAACUUCAAGUUCAUCAACAACAUCUAGAAAUAGAAACUCAACAUUCAGAAGCUCGGCCAUAUAGUAUAGCUGUUGAUCGACCAAGAAGAACUGAAGUUGGUCCUCCGAAGAGAUAUGGGUUUGAGGAUAUGGCUGUUAGGAGAAGGUUUAGCCGGUUCCUUAUUCCGAAAGAAACAGUUGGGAGCCAUGUGGUUGUUCUACCACAGACAUAG